AUGGUGAAAGGCAACAGUGCGAUGACGGAGCACGACACUAUGACGGUGAAGAGUGACACUAAGAUGGCGAAGCGCGAUAGUACAACGGACUGUUACAAUUGUACUGACGCUCUUCUCCAUCCAACAGUUGUGAAUGUGACACCAAGCCCCAUGUUGGAAAAGUAUUUUUCGGCAUCAGGUGAAUUACAGAUUGAGGAUGUACAAACAGAAUCAAAUGGUGAGCUUACUUUUAAUAUCAACAAUUUCGUACCGGAAGGGAACUAUCAACUUGAAAAGAGUUGCCGUUCGUCAAGGACUGCCUUUCUUAAAUGGAUAAAGGGCUACACGACCGCAUGUGUUGAGUUCCAUGUAUCUAAAGCAUCUCAAGCACUGGAAUAUGAAAAUUCAACAUCUUCCGAAUCAGAUAAAGGUGACGCAAAAGAAACAGUAGAGGACGUCAGGAUAAGCCACAAUGCCACUGAACGAGACGCAUGGCAAAUAAUUUCCGAUAACGAGAAUGAUGCAUUUAUUACACAUUCCGGAACAGGAAAUUCAAGUCCCAUCUCAAACGUAAUAGGUAGAAGCAUUUUGGUGCCUAUCGAAAACUUGACAGCUCCCGCUCAUUGUAGACAAGUGCGGGACCUAGAUGAAAAUCACGUAAAAAAUCUUGAAAACCAAUUGAUGAAAAACAAAUGCACAUUUGGUGUGUUAAUCGGCUAUGUUGAAGAAUAUGUGGGCCAUAUCGACAUCGAAACACCCGGCCGAAGUAUAAUCGAAGUUAUAGGAGGAAAUCACACCCGUCAGGCAAUUCAAAAUUUGAGAGACCAGAAACUUGACCAUAUUACCCAUGUUACAAUGGACAUAUAUACUAAGCUGACCGAUAACGAAGCGUUUAAAAUCGGAAUGCUACAUAAUGAACAACAUGAGCACUCGAUGGCAACAUCAUUUGAGGAUAAGGUAAAAUUAUUCAGACGACUGUACACUACAUCAAAAGCAAUGUAUCUGCACAAUGAGAAAAAGUGUGCAAGUCACCUUCGGGACACGGCUGCUGAAGUUAUGGGCGUCGACAGAGCCAAGACCAAAAAUGUACUUGAGGUUGAAUUACAAUGUGCCGUACUGAACGAUGAAGUCUGGGGCGUUUUUCUUAAAUUCACAGAAGCGUGGAAAAGACGGGAGAUAUUGGGGCAACCUGCCACGCCAUUAAGACAAACGCACGUGAAGAAGUUACUUCGAAUUAAGAGUAUAGAGGAAAGAAAGACAUACCUGGAGGAUCUGUUGAGCAAAAAGACAAGUUUUCAUCGUCAGCAAAAGAAGACGAAUGAGAACAGUGAAGCCUGUCAAGAGCGAGUUUUGGAAAAGAUUGAUGAGCUGGAGAGAAAAUAUUUGAUGUUACAGUCAAAGAACCGUGUAACAGAGGAAGAUAAUAAGUCCUUAAGAAAGAAAGUGAAAACACUAGAGGUCGAGCUACAAAAACAAGAACAGGUAGAAACGGACAACACUGCCUUGGAAACAGUAAAACAAAAGAAUCUAAGUCUUCAAAGGAAAAUUGACGUUAUGUCAAGAACCGAAGAAACGUCAUUACGGAAAUUACAAACAUUACAGAAACAAAAUGCUGACCUACGGAUCGAAAUAACAGAACUUAAUCAAAGAUUAGAGCACGCAGAAGAUGCAGCUGCCAGAGCCCGAAAACAUUCUAGAGAAGAACUGAGACCGCAAACUAGAGACGUAGUAACAGGAAAUGCUGAACAAGAACCAAACCAGAAUAAUAAACCCUCUGUAGUUGUGGCAAGACUUCCAAAUCACGUGAUACACAGAAAAAGAACAACAGAGGAGGUCGCUGAUGGUGAAAACGAGCUAAAAAGAAAAAAACAGACAAGCGGUAAUAAAGAAAUCACAGCAGAGAAUUGCCAUGUUGUAUCACCGUCAGAUGACAGUCAAACGAUCCGACCACAAACUACUGACGUUACUGUCGCUGUGGUUGAAUGGACAAGAAAAAGAGUGUUUAUCGGAAUACUUGCCGAUAGUGGCAAAAUGGUGUUUUCCAAAAAGCCUGUUGGAUGCGGUGUCAGUAUAAACUUUGCUGUGAAGGAUUGUCUUACAAUUAACAAGAAAGACGAGCUUGAAUUAGACUUAAGCUACCUGAUUACUAAAUUUCGCGGGAAAAUGAACAGAAACACCAUCUUAUUGGCGGAUACUGAACAGGAUUAUAUUAUCCAACGUGUAAAAGCAUACUUUGUCUAAAUCAGCUGCUCAAAGUAAAGCUGUGUUUAUUUCAAAUUUUAAUAUGACUAACAAUGCUUUAAUCAUCACAACGAUGUUAUGUUGACAUCACGUCAACGUGAUAUGUAGCGCCAUGUACACAU